AUAGGCGACCGGUGGAUACCUUUGAAGGGCCCCCACCCUAGCUACUUCCCUUCCCUCUUCCGCUCUUGGUCACAAAUCUCUCUCUUCCUCCAUCUCUAUCCUCUCACCUUCCUCUCUCCAUGGCAUCCGGAGCCCAUUUGGGCUUUGGUCCUCUCCUGCUCCGCUACGUUUCUUUGGUCCUCGUGGCCUCUUUGCGGCGAGUGACGGCGGGGAGAUUGAGCCCGGCGGCGUGUGAUCUGUUCAACGGGAGCUGGGUCUACGACGAGUCAUACCCGCUCUACGACUCGGAGAGUUGCCCCUUCAAUCGCCGCGAGUUCGAUUGCCUCAGGUACGGCCGCCCCGAUAAGCUGUACCUCAAGUACAGAUGGAGUCCCAAUGGCUGCGACCUCCCAAGAUUUGAUGGCAGAGACCUACUGAGGAGGUGGAAGGGAAAGAAGAUAAUGUUCGUGGGUGACUCGUUAAGCUUGAAUCAGUAUGACUCGCUCCUGUGCCUUCUCCAUGCGGCGGUGCCCAACGGGAAGACAAGCUCUACCGACACGGGGACGCUCAAGACGGUCACGUUUGAGGAUUAUAAUGUGUCGGUGAUGUACUACCUCAGCCACUACUUGGUGGACAUUGUCAGGGAGAAGAUUGGACGGGUUCUCAAGCUCGAUUCUAUACAAGGUGGUCGAGUGUGGCUCGGCGCCGACGUGCUUAUCUUCAAUACAUGGCAUUGGUGGCCUACAAGGGGACCCUCCCAACCGUGGGACUUUAUUCAAGACGGCAACAAGAUAUUGAAGGACAUGGACCGCAACGAGGCUUUCUCUAAGGCACUGGCCACAUGGGCCAGAUGGGUGGACUCCAAUAUCUAUCCAGCCACAACUCAAGUCUUCUACCAGGGAAUCUCUCCGUCCCAUUACCAUGGACAGGAUUGGGGCGGGUCGUACAGAGAGAGUUGUUCAGGGCAAAGACAGCCACUGAACGCAUCAACAUAUCCUGCAGGGCCAUUGCCGGAACAAGCCAUCGUGAAGAAUGUCUUGCGUACUAUCUCGAAGCCAGUAUAUUUGCUGGAUAUAACCCUCCUAUCGCUGCUCAGAAAAGAUGCCCACCCAUCAAAGUAUAAUGGUGUCCACUUCCAAAACGACUGCACCCAUUGGUGUGUUGCUGGCCUUCCGGACACAUGGAACCAGCUCAUGUAUGCGGCUCUUGUAAGCUGAGAGUGAGAUGGCAUAUAUAUAGGAUUCUUAUGAAAAUAGGUGGGCAAAGGUAACCAUGCAUUGAAAUGAAUAAUGAUUCGAUUAAUAAUGAUGCUUUGUGCUAUAGGCCCUGAUUGAGUUUGGAUUGACCCAACCAAAAUUGAGCUAGGAUUCAAGCUGAUAUGUCUCGGAUAAUCCGACCCAAACCAAACUU